AUGUCCCGCCUGCCACGUGGCAGCGUGCUAGUGGUUGGCGCGGCUCCAGUGCGAUACAUGGCAGGCAUAGUGCCGUUCCCCUACCGCCCGGAUUCAGAUUUGAUUUACCUCACGGGGUGCUGGCACCCGGGUGUGGUGGCUGUGAUAGAAAGCGAUGGGGGGAGUGGGGGAGUGAGUGGUGGAGAGGAGGAUAAAAGCGGAGGAGGAGGGGAUGUGCGGUUCACAUUGUUUUUGCCGCGGCAGCGAGCCGAUGUGCGUUGUGGCAUGGCAUGGCAUGGUUGCAUGGCACGGCAUGGCAUAGUGGCACGGCAUGGCAUAGUGGCACGGCAUGGCAUAGUGGCACGGCAUGGCAUAGUGGCACGGCAUGGCAUAGUGGCACGGCAUGGCAUAGUGGCACGGCAUGGCAUAGUGGCACGGCAUGGCCUGCGAUCUUGUGUGUCGUUCUCUUCUCUCUCCCAUCAUGCUCGUGUCGUGUUCUCUCCCUCUCAUCCUUGCAAGCGUUUCUCCCUCCUCUCCCCCCCCACAACCCAACCUUCUCUUCCACUCAGUCACGUGUCAAAAACACACUUGGCACUUAAAGCCCAUCAACUCAAGCCCCUCUGCACCCUGUUCCCCCCACUCUAUCGGCCUCAGAUGGUGGUGUGGGAUGGAAGGGCUUUGGACCCUCCUGCUGCCACGGCCUUUUUUGAACCCGACAGGGCCCUGUUUGUGGAUGCUCUUAAUGAGUACCUGCUGCAGGCCCAACAACGCAUCUCAUCACACCGACUCUCCUCUUCCUCCUCACUUCCCUCCUCUUACUCCUCCGAUCGCUCACCUCCCCCUCGUUUCUACUGUGACCAUCGGGCCAAUCGCGAUCUGAUUGCUACAGUGCCAGUUCUCGCUGCUGAGCUGGCAACCGGGCGGCUGUUGUCGUCCCGUAGCGCGCUGGACGAGCAGCGGUGGAUCAAAUCCGAGGCGGAACAGAGGCUCAUGCGACGGGCGGCUGAGAUCACAGCAGAGGUAAUGGACGGACGGCCUGGAUCGCAUGGCUGGUUGCAAGCUGCUGGGAUGCAGUGA